AUGGCUGUGGAUGUUGGGUGUGUGGAGACUGGAGACUGGGAAGGUCGCUGGAACCAUGUUAAGAAGUUCCUCGAGCGAUCAGGACCAUUCAUACACCCCGCGUUUGAACCAAGCAAUGAAUCUCUCCAGUUUCUCUUAGAAACCUGUAAAAUAUUGGUUGUUGGAGCUGGGGGUUUAGGGUGUGAACUUCUCAAGAAUCUGGCGCUCUCUGGAUUCCGACAGAUCCAUGUUAUAGAUAUGGACACCAUAGAUGUCUCUAACUUAAACAGGCAAUUUCUUUUCCGGCCAAAGGAUGUAGGAAGACCCAAAGCAGAGGUGGCAGCUGAAUUUAUAAAUAGCAGAAUACCUGACUGCUGUGUCACGCCUUAUUAUAAAAAAAUUCAAGAUAUGGAUGAAUCAUUUUAUCGAGAGUUUCAUCUCGUAGUAUGUGGUCUGGAUUCGAUUAUUGCCAGGCGGUGGCUGAAUGGAAUGCUGAUGUCCCUCUUAAAUUAUGAUGAUGGAGAGGUACAGCAAAGCACAGUUAUUCCUUUUAUUGAUGGAGGUACAGAAGGCUUUAAAGGAAAUGCCCGUGUCAUUUUACCAGGAAUGACGGCAUGCAUAGAGUGUACUCUUGAAUUGUACCCACCACAGAUUAACUUCCCCAUGUGUACGAUUGCAUCUAUGCCCAGGUUACCAGAGCACUGUAUAGAGUAUGUCCGGAUUUUACAAUGGCCAAAAGAGCAACCGUUUGGAGAGGGUGUUCAGCUGGACGGAGAUGACCCUGAGCAUAUCCAGUGGAUAUUUAAGAAAUCUCUUGAGCGUGCUUCACAGUUCAACAUCCGAGGAGUGACAUACAGACUCACUCAAGGUGUUGUGAAAAGAAUUAUUCCAGCUGUAGCGUCUACAAAUGCAGUAAUUGCAGCGGCCUGCGCCACUGAAGUAUUUAAAAUAGCAUCAAGCGCUUAUAUGCCCUUAAACAACUACCUAGUAUUUAAUGAUGUGGAUGGAUUGUACACGUAUACGUUUGAAGCUGAAAGAAAGGAUAAUUGCCCGGCGUGUAGUCUGCUUCCUCAGAACAUUGAGUUUCCAUCCUCUGCUAAGUUGCAAGAAGUUCUGGAUUAUUUAACGAAUGAUACCUCAUUACAAAUGAGAUCUCCUGCUAUCACAGCAACACUGGAUGGGAAGAAUAAGACACUUUAUUUACAGACUGUUGCAUCUAUAGAAGAAAGGACAAGGCCCAAUCUUUGCAAGACUUUACACGAGCUCGGCCUUGUUGACGGACAGGAACUUGCAGUUGCCGAUGUCACGACCCCUCAAACCAUCAUAUUUAAACUUCAUUUUACCACCUAG